AAAGAAAUGGAGCAGCCUUUGCUUUCAGUAAGUGAAGAUCCAGUUUCCGAUCUCCCAGAUUAUAUCCGGCACCUCCUAGAAAGCAGGGUAUCACGUGUUCUUGAUAAUAUUUAUGUUUCAGCAGGUGAAGAUCCAGUUUCUGAUCUCGAAGAUUCUAUCCGGGAACACGUAGUAAGUGAGGUAUCACGUUUGAUUGAAACGAUUUCCGUCGGCGGAACUAAUAUCGUAGUCGAUGAACAUGGUUUAAUACCCUAUGAUUCCGACCUCUAUCUUUCCUCUUUUGGUGCCCCUUAUCUGUCUUCUCCUGAACUCCGUCUUCGUCCUGGUGAGCAAACGACUGGUUAUAUUGUGGGCGUAUUGCGCGGAUUUUAUACAGAGCAUGUAUCUAAUGUACAUAGGCAAGUAUUGGAUGAGGUAGAAAUACGAGAGCUGCUAAUAGAACACGUCGGGCAUCGUUGUUGUUGGGGAAGUCGUCCAGCUAGGACUUGGCAUAUUCAUGCGGUGGAAGACUGCAAUGUUUAUAUAGGAACACUGGAAACUUUUAUUGUAGAGAGAGAAACAGUAACAGAAAAUGUACCAGAUCGGCUAUUACCUAAUGCCGUAGACACAAAAUCCGAGGCUCCUGUACUAUUUACACCUCGUGGUGAGUCAAGGACAGUGAUUCCUGAGUCUGAAGAGUGUGUCAGAUGUCCAGCUUGUGCUUCUUGUGGAGCAUUAGGAAAAAAAUUCUGUCCCACUUGCAAUGCAGAUAAACUUUUCAGGGAGCUGAAGGUUAAAUGCCCUGCUUGUAAUGGGAGUGGUGUGGAUGGAUCGGAUUAUGUAUGUAAAAAAUGUAACUUUUUGGGGUCCAUUGUACAAACUUGUCCAACAUGUGAAAACCUAGGAUUGAUCGACUGUGAUACCUGUCUAGGACUUUGCUAUGUUCGGAGACGCAAUGUGGCUGUUGUUAGAUGGGAAACGUUAGUAGCAAGAAAAGUAAUUGCAACUGGUGGAGGAGCAUUAGUUCCAGAUAAUGUGUUCGAAAAAGCAAAAGGAUUGCAGUUGUUCAGUACUCAAUCACGCAAGUGUAGUCCUGCUACUUUUGCUGACUCGAAUUUCCUCAAUCAGUUUUCAUCGGAAAUAAUUGCUGCGAGGGCCCCACUGCCUGCUACUGCAAAGACAAUCCGCGAAAGGCAUAAUAUCUCCGUUAUUCCAAUAACUAAGGUAAUCAUGACUAACAUACACCGUUCAUUCAGUUUCUAUAUCGUUGGAACGGGCAAACAGGUUUAUUUUAAGGACUCUUACCCUUCGAGGUUUUGCUGGGGGCUUUGCUCGUGUUUCGAUUGGUUGAAUCUCUAGU